UAGGCGGUCCAAGUGCGUGUCCUGCUGAUGUCUACUGCCACGAUGGCCGAAGAUGCUGAGCCAAACGACAAUUCCAGGAUGAAUGCCGACGAGAAAAGCCUGAACGAGGUGAACAGUCACGUUCCAGUGCCAAAUGAGAAUGACGUUGGUAUCGUUGGGUUUGAAGCGAGAGAAGUUAUAUCGAGGCUCGAGGAUGCUGUGGAGAGAGCUGCUGAUGGUGGUGGCAUGACUUGGGACAGUCAUCUGGGGUUCUUGACACAGUCGAAGAGUCCUGAGACUAUUCUGCAGCUCAUCCAGGACUUAGUGAUCCACGAGGAUGCACCUCAGAGCUUGGAGGGCGACCCCCAGGACCCUCCACCAGCUCAGCUGACGAACCUGCCACCCCUGACAGAAGCAGCAAAGCUGUCUCUCGUCACACAUUCAGUUUCAGCGUACGCUGUUGCCCUCCCCAGAGCCCAUGCACAGAGACUAGCUGCUCGGCUGGCCGCAGAAACCACGAGGUGGUUGAGUCACAUAUUCAGGUUCGUCGACUGCGCGUCGUCCUUCCACGAGGAUCAUCUUGAGGGGCUUGUCAGAGUUACGAGACUGGCGUUGCACAGGAAGUAUCCGAGGUACAUGGAGGAUGGGUUUACAGCCCUGUCUGCUGCUCCACCUCUUAUCUACAGCUCUGUGGCUGCACCGCUGGGAGUUGUGCAACAUUUAUGCAGACAGCUGUCGCUGCCUCUCCACUGCGUCCGCCCGAUCCCCCAAACCACGAUGUUCGGUUCUCGCCAAGUGAUGGACGUGGCGGCCCUCGAAAGAAGGCUCUCCGAGGACAGUCAAUCGAGCAACGUAACCCCCCUCCUGGUCCUGGGUGAAGUGGGUUCAGCGAUAACAGGCCACUGCGACAACGUGACCCGUCUCCGCGAGAUCUGCGACAAAUACAACGUGUGGUUGCACCUCCGAGGGCACUCCCUGGCUGCCCUGGCCUUUAACACUUCCCCCAAAGACCUCCCCUCGAAGCUCGCCGACAGUAUAACCCUCCCCCUGGGAGUGUGGCUGGGAAUUCCCUCGCUCCCAGUGGUCACCCUCUACAGACUAACCGACACCAAAGGCGGAAAGCCCACCUCCCGCGACACAACCCUCUCCUUAGUAUCAGGUCUGAUGGUGGAGUCCCUCUCCAGAAGACUCCCAACUCUGCCCCUCUGGGCAGCCCUCCAAGUCCUGGGACGCGAGGGCAUCCAGAACCGCUUCAAGAAGUGCUUCCAGGUCAUCGAGGACCUCUACAACAGAAUUAAAAAAUUGGAGAACAUUAAAUUCCUGAGUCAAAUACCUGGUGGAGCUGAGGGAAGCCAGGAGAAUGGAAGAUGGACGAUCAACGACUUGACGACUAAUCCUGUGAACAGUCCACAAUUGUUCGAGGUGAUCUCGAGUGCCCUGGUGUUCCAGUACGUCCCCACGACACUUCCCACCCCCCUGGAGGGAGAAUACCAUUCACUGCCAGAGAGAAUCCCCCCUUACUACGACAAACUGAACUCGUGGCUCGGUCAGAUCCUCCAGCGAGACAUCGAGAACGUGCCAAUAGAGCUCUGUGAGAUCGAGCAGUAUGGAGUGGCCAUCAGGAUAUGUUGUCUGGAGAACAUUGGGCCUGUCCCAAGCUCAGAGGACAUGGACAACGUUAUUGCGUGUCUCGAGCAGCAGAUCGAGAUACUGAAUGCCACUGUUGAGCAUAAGGAGACUUUUAUGAGACUCGUUGCGCAGAAUGAUUCACUGCACCUUGUGGAGAUGCCAGGGUGGGCUGGUCUGGGGGGAGUUCGUUAUGCCCCUCCCACGUGGAUUCAGAUAAUGACUGAGCAGACUAAGGAGGAGUUGAACAGGUUGAAUAUGCAGCUGGUGGAGGCACUGAGGAGCACUGAUGCUGCAUUCUCGUUGGGAGAGGGAGCUGAUGGUCUGGCUUGCGUCAGAUUUGGAAUGGUUACGCAGGACACUGAUGUCGCUGAACUGCUUUCCCUCGUCCUUCAGGUUGGCCAGGAAGUCGAGGCCAGCUCGAAGCUGCUUGACACUAUGUCAGAGGUCGUUAAAAGGGGGAUUGAGGCGGCACAAACUGAUCUGGAGAGGGAGAAUGCGGAGAAACUCUGGCAGGAGGGCAUUCUGAGGCAUGUGCCAGUCGUUGGGACCUUCGUCAACUGGUGGAGUCCACCUUCUAAGGAAGCUGGGGUUCGUGGUAGGAGUCUCAAUCUUCAGGCGGGGGUCGUUGAAUCCACUGAGAAUAUCUACAAGUACCACAUGCAACUGCAGCCAAAUUCAACGAGUAAUAAUUCAGGCGCUAGAACACCACCACAGCCACUUAUUCAGACACCCGUGGGGGCUGGCAGCCAAAGCCACAGCAGGUCCUCGAGCCACUCGAGUCUCCAGAGCGGUAAGGGAGUGCCACUUGUUAAUAAUUCAAAUUUACCACAGACUGUUGUCAAAGAGGAAGUGCCCGAGGUAUCCUCGUAGUUGGGUUCUAACUAAUUUUGGGGGUUCAAGUUUUUUUUUCUUAGAGGACGGCUUGAGGUCUUUUACCAGAUUAACUUGGGUGAAAUUACUUAGGUUGGAAAAGGCUUUUUCUUUAGAACUUUCACGAUCUGGGGAAUUAUCAACGAUUGGGGGUUGCAUGCAACCGAUAUUUUUUGAUGAAUUAUGCAAGAUCGAUGAGUUUCUAAUUUGUGAACUUUUUCAUUUUUUUAUGAUUUUCACAGUUAAAGAAAACGUUAGGAAUUUUAUACCUCCAAUUUUCGUAAUUCUUCAUUUUAUUCGAUGGGAAAAAUCGUGCAACAACCCAGUUGGUAUGACUAAUUAAAUUUCCAUUUGAUAUGACAAUAGGAAUGCUUGAAAAUGAUGAAAAUUCAAGCAAGUGUGGUCGUUAUCCAGCGAUUUAUUCCAAAUUCGAUCCAUUGGAUAUUCAAUAGAUUUUUAACAUGAAAUGAUAAAUCCGUGAGGUAUUUUUAGUUCAAUUCCAAUCCAUUGGAUCUAAAAAGUGGAUGCAAAAUACUAAAUAUUUUUUAAUUUCAGCGAAUAAUGAAAAAUUAGUAAAAGUCAUGGCGUUGAAAACGUCUGCUUCUUCAUUUCUCGCUAUUAAAAAAAAAAUAAAAACACGUAUCUAAUCUUUUCACCAUUCAAUUAUUAUAUCCAAUAAACAAAAUUACGCAAUCAACUAAUUAUUGAAGUCAUCUUAUCGAAGUUCAUGUUCUUCGUGUCGCAGAAUUGUUUUCGCAAAAGUUAUUUCGUCAAUAUUUUAUGGCAAAAGAUCUCUCGACGUAGAGCCUCUUCUUCUCCUGAAUUCAACUUUGUAAAUUUUACCCGUUUACAAUUUCAUCAAGAAAAAUUCCGCAUAGAAAGCUUAUUAAUUAUCACAUGGCUUAAUGUACUUAGAACCAUAACGCUCGAUUCCAAUUCCAUUCUUUUAAUUUUUCCACUAAUUAUCUGAAGUUAUUUAAGUCUCUUUGAAUGCAUUGUUUCAUGCGCAUAAUUAUGUUCAACGAAUGAAUAACAAAUCAGAGUUUUAUUUUAUUUAAUAGAUAGACUCGAUUGAAAAGAAGGGGAUAAUCCUCAUGAAUUGUCAGGAUUUUAAUAUUUUCUUUAUGUUGUAUUAUCAUUUUUCCUUUCGUAAUUUAAUAAUUUUUCAAUGUGCAAUUUAUUCCUAGUGCAUAGCCACAAUAAUAACUAGACAUUAAUUCUCAAGCACAAUAAUUAAACAGUUCAAAUCCAUAACUAACGAGAAAAAUCGUGUGAUAUGAGCAUGAAUAACUGAAUUCAUCACCAAAGAUCUGGCCUCGUGUUAAAUCAGUCAAUUUAGAUGAUUCCGAUUAUUUGCACAUUUAUUUCUUUCGCCGAGGGUUCAAAGGAAUAUAAUGAAGGCGAUUGAUUCGUAAUUGAGGAUAAUUAUUCGUUUUCUAGUGAAUUAACGAGAAUUUAAGCGAUAAUAAAGUUACACUUGUUGAUACCCAGGUGUAUGCGAAAUAAACUAAGUUCAUAUGUAUAUUUAUGUACCAAAACCUUGUAAUAAAGUAUUGCUACAGAAGGAA